AUGAUGCAGCUUGUUGAUGUUCUAAUUGCUAUUUCGCUUCUACUUUCACUACCAUCACCUGUGAUAGUGGAAGGAAGUUCAAUAUCUGAAGAGGUGCAACAAAAUCUCACCGCUGGCUCGUCAUCAUCGCCAUGGCUCAAGAAAAUUAUGAACCAUCAUUCCAGAGACGACCCGCGAGCCCCCGGGUGCUGGAACAAGCCUUGGCUAUGCGAUCCGGGAGUGUUUCCGCCUAGAAGGCGGUGUUGUCGAAACAGUUGUAUAGAUGUAAGCUCAGACGUUAACAACUGUGGCUCAUGUGGGUGGAGAUGUCCAUUUAAUAGGCAAUGUUGUAGUGGUCGAUGCAGUAAUACGAAUCUGAGCCCAUUCAACUGCGGCAGAUGUGGAAACAGAUGCCCCUUUGGCGUCUUUUGUUUCUAUGGGAUGUGCGGCUAUGCUAAGCCGUUUCCACCUCGCCCUCCUUUCCCGUUUCCUCCUCGACCACCUCGGCCACAACCACCACACCCGCCUCAUCCGCCAAGAGGCUGGCAGGCACCUGCAAUGCAAUGA